GAGAGAGAGAGAGCAGGAGAUUGGAGAAGCAGCCAGUCGUUCGUCCCUCACUCCAGACUUUAAGUUUACAGGCAGCCAGGCAGAAUUUCUUGGCUUAGACGCAGCGCUCAUGACAGGAUUAGGAGCCGGGGACGCGGGACCAACCGGAGAUCUGCAGGUCCUAGUGGACGAGCUCGAGCCAGAUUCUCUCCCUGCACAGCUGUGACCGGCCUCCUGUGUCCCGUCACACCAAUCAUCUGACAGCAGUCUUCUAAAGUUGACCUGAUUACCAAGAGGCCACCCUUCCUCUCCACUCCUCUCCCAUCAUGCAUCUCCUCACUACCAUUCUCCUCUUGCUGCUCCUUCGACCAGCUGAGCCCUUCAGGAAGAGAGGCCCUCGGUCAGGGGCGGCGGAGAGGGGCACCGGGGGCCGUGUACGGGGCAGAGGCAGGGCUGGACUGAUGAGACGUCAAACUCAGGAGUGUAAGGAAUACGUAGAGGCAGGAGAGAAGUACUUGGACUGCCAGGAUAGGCAGCUGACCACCGUGAUGCAGGAUUGGCCCAAAGAUAUUCACCAUUUACUGUUGGCAAGAAAUAAGAUUCAGGUCUUGAGGGACAACAUGUUCUCCCAGUUCACCCAGCUGAAGAGCCUGGACCUCCAGCAGAAUGACAUCUCCAUGGUGGAGGCUGGAGCGUUCACCGGCCUCUCCAAGCUCACCACCCUGCUACUCCAGCACAACGGAUUGAAAACAGCCUCAGAGGAGGUCCUGCUCCCCCUGCCCCGCCUUACCUACCUCCGUGUUUAUGACAACCCCUGGAGCUGUCACUGCUCAUUGGAAAGUCUGGUCACGAUGCUGCAGGUGCCUAGCCACCGCAACCUGGGCAACUACGCUAAAUGUGCGGAGCCCCUGUCGCUGAAGGGCCAGAAGCUGAAGAAGCUGAAUGUGGAGUUGUUGUGUGCUGGUGACAACCAGGUAAUCGGGAGGCCGGAGGACAGAGAUAGGGGGCCAAGGCCUCCAACGAUCAAAUUGAAGCCAGAGGCCACGUCUAUGUGCCACACCUACAUGUUCCCCAAACCUCUGCUGAACUGCAGCAGCAAAGAUUUGAAUAACAUCCCAUCUGACCUUCCAUCGGACAUAGUGAAGAUGGAUCUGUCCAGGAACAACAUCAAACAUCUCAGGCCCAAACAUUUUCUGCUGUCCAAAGACCUCAAGCUGCUCAACCUUAGCAGCAACAGCCUGCAGAGUAUAGACACAGCUGCAUUUGCAGGCCUGCUGUACCUCCGUGAGCUUGACCUGUCCAACAACAGCCUCCAUUACUUCCAGUAUGGUGUACUGGAGGACCUCUACUUCCUACGGAAGCUCUCGCUGGAGAACAACCCUUGGAUCUGUGACUACAACAUCCACUACCUGAUCUACUGGCUCAAGCACCACCCUGGCGUCUUCUACACUGGCCUGAUCUGCUCUGCGCCACGGGAGUUCAGGGGCUGGCGCGUCGAGGAUUACGUCAAGACCUACAACGGGGAAUGUCCAAAGGAUAGACAAACUGAAGAGGUGGAUACGGGACAGGGUGGACAAAGGGGGACAGACAAUGAGGCACAGGAGGUGAUGGGGGAGACGGUUGAGAGUCGGGGUGGCCGUCUGCCUCAGCACCUGAAAGAGAAAAAACCCAACAGGUUUGAAAUCAUCAGGCUGAGUUAGAAUGGUGGUGGAUCAACGGACUGUGUGUGGUUUGGAGGUCUGUGUUGGACGUCUGUGGACAGGUUGAUGGAUGGAUUAAUAAAGGUAGUCGCAGUGAUUUGAGGUUUAAAUCAAAUGUGACAUUUAAAUACAAUUCUGGGAUAAAAUCCAUUAUUUGUGUUUAAGAUGUCCUUUUUGUAAUCAGCAUUUUCCAUCUUGCAUGGAUAACAACGACAACAACAACAAAACUCAUUCAGGAGAUUAAGACUUCCUUAAAAAAAAGAAGCAAUGCCAUUUUGCUAACUUUACCUUUAGACAAAUGUUUAGGUGAUGCCAUUUGAGCUUUUGUUUUAUCUUUUUGCAGAAUAUUCCCAAUCCAGUCUGUAUCGGAUGUAAUAACCAACCAAAAACGCCUCUUUGGGUUUCCCACACAAUGAACUGAAGGUGUUCCCUUAUUUCUUUUAGUUAUUUUGAUAAUGAGAUCAGGAUAUACUUUUUUUUUUUUUGCUUUAAAAAAUACAAACAAACAUUUUUGUAUGAAUUAAUGUGUGACAUUGUCAACCUGUUUUCUGGAAAAUAAAACUGGGUUUAUUUUUUCUGAAGAGUUGUUUUACUAAGUGAUGGACAGACAUGAUGAAAGCUAAAAAUGCAGGACAACUUGCUCACCUACAGCACCACCAGUUAAGACACCAAAUGUGACGGGAAGCAGAUGCAUUGCAUCAUACACUGACUCACUGUUCUAAUGAGGUCAUUUGACUUUCCAGAUACAUUUUACUGGGAAUCUGCCAAGCACAUCAUGACUGAUAAUUAUCGCAUAACGUGAAAAAUUGUAAAAAUGGUCUAAUAUCAGCACUUAACUGUGACGAAGAUGGAAACUUUUUUUGCAUUUGCAUUUGGCAUCUGAAUCAAAGCUCUCCUAAAACUUAAAUUACAGCAGAUGAAAGUUAUUAAAUGCACCCAAGAAAUUGACUUCUUUAAAAAUAUGUUUUAUUCUUUCUGGAAGGCAGGAAACAGUCUUUAAUGAUUGUCAACUAGCGCCACCCAGUGUGCAGGAGACCAAUACACAACAACUAACAUCCUCCUUUUUGUCACUAAAAUAAAGCAAUGAAAGAUUUUAUAGUCACAGAUUGAUUAUUUAUUAUCAAAUGGAGUAGAGUUUUCAUCCUGGUCAUUGGACUGCUCUAUAUCUGGACAGUUCUCACAAGUGUUCCCCUCAAAACUGAAUUAAUAAUCAUUAAGGCAGAAUAGCUGUGUCAGCGUCAGAAAGUAACAAUCAGUGCAAAUCCAGCUACAUGACUUCCAGGUUGGUGUUUAAAUAAGACCUGCCAACUUGGCAUUCGACACAAAGACAUAUUAAAUCCUGGAUGUAGGCCUCCUCAGCUCAAUUACUUCAGUUUGCCAAGAUCACUUCCUGCCAACACAACAAAGUUUAGCUUUAAAAGGUGACUUUUUUCCUGUUUACGGGGGAGCAUGUAAACGCAGUUAACUGUUUCUUAAUGCAAUCACAGAUGUUUUAAAUUACAUUAGUACUCAUUGUCUAAGGCACUGAGCAACCAACUUGUAGUCAUAGGUUAUGCAUAACAUCACAGUGCCCUCUAGUGUUCACAAUGAAGUGGUCUAUUGAAGGCUCUCGGCUUCUACGGAAACUUUGUUUCACACA